AUGCGAUACCUCCUCUGCCUAAGCAUUUUUUGCCAUGCUGUCUUCGGCCUUCCGAGUCAGGCAAAUCAUACACAACCUCCAGUGAUCGAUCUCAAUUAUGCCAGGUACCAAGGUAACCGUCUUGCAGGGGGAGUAGAUGAAUUUCUUGGUAUGCGCUAUGCAUCUUCACCCGUUGGAGAUCUUAGGUUCAGAGCGCCUCAGGAUCCGCCCACAAAUAACACGCUUCAAAGUGCCACAGAGUACGGACCGAUCUGCAUCGGAGUCGGUGAGGAAGAAACCACUGGCGAAGUGAGCGAAGACUGCCUGUUCAUCAAUGUCUUUAAGCCAUCCACGGCCACGCCACAGUCCAAACUACCCGUUUGGCUGUUCAUACAAGGCGGAGGAUACGCAGAAAAUUCCAAUGCCAACUACAAUGGGACUCAAGUCAUUCAAAACUCUGGAGAUGGCCUUCUUUUUGUAACGUUCAACUAUCGAAUUGGGGCAUUGGGUUUCUUGGCCAGUGAGAAAGUCAGGCAGAAUGGCGAUCUCAACGCGGGGCUUCUAGACCAACGUAAGGCUAUCAACUGGGUAAAACAAUAUAUCGAGCAGUUUGGGGGAGACCCCAAUCAUAUCGUGAUCCACGGGGUCUCUGCCGGUGCUGGCUCCGUUGCCUAUCAUCUGGCCGCGUAUGGCGGGAGGGACGAGGAUUUAUUCAUUGGUGCCAUCGUUGAAUCAUCCUUCUGGCCGACCCAGCGAACCGUGACAGAGAUGGAGUUCCAAUUUGAGAUACUUACGAACGAAACCGGUUGCUCCGACGCCUCCGAUCCUCUGGACUGUUUGCGGGACCAAGAUAUCGCCACCUUUCAAAAAGGCAAUACUGCAUCUCCCUUCCCUGGCGGAAGCAGCUCUCCAUUGCCCGACUGGUACUGGCUACCCGUCACCGAUGGCACUCUCGUCCCAGGGGAAUUGUACCGAGCCUUCGACAAAGGCAAUUUCAUCAAAGUGCCCGUCCUGGUGGGGGAUGAUACCAAUGAAGGCUCCGGUUUUGCCUACAACGCCACGAGCAGCGCCGACGUGUCCCGGUUCUUCAGGAACAACUAUCCCCACCUGAGUGACCAACAGCUGGAGAAAAUCAAUCAAGCCUAUCCUCUAGGAGAGCCAUUACCCCGACAUGCAGCAUACUUCAGCGCCUCCUCGGCAGCCUAUGGAGACGCGACAUUUACGUGCCCCGGGAACCUUGUUGCAUCGUCUGCUGCAAAGUACUCUCCAGAUGCCGUAUGGAACUACCGGGUGAACAUCAUCGAUGAAUCCAAUAUCGCUGGGGGCAUCGGCGUACCGCAUACAUUUGAGCUACCCGCGAUAUUUGGUGCCGGUUCAACCGGAACUCUUAGUAGCGGGUCGUCUUAUCUGACAUACAAUGCAGGUAUUAUCCCUGUCACCAUGCAUUACUUUAUCAGCUUCGUUCUGGCGCUGAAUCCUAAUACAUACCGGUAUUUGAGCGCGCCGGAGUGGAAGACUUGGGGUAACGGGGAGCGUCUACGGCUGCAGACAAACGAUACGGCGAUGGAGGUUAUCCCGGAAAAAUCUUUGGAGCUGUGUGUGUUGUGGCAGGAGUUGAGUGAGGCCAUGGAAGACAGGAUGUCUGUCCGGGACCUUACUACGAAGCAAUGGAUCAGUUCUCUCUUUGAACCAGGCCAGAUCUUACUCUGGGCCUUUAAGAGUUAUGUCAAAGUCAAUGUCGAGACUGUCUUAAGAGGUCAAAUUCUCGCUCCCCUACUUCACCCCAGCAGACUGCGCGAUGAAGCGUUCGGCAGAUUCUGGGUGACUUUCAGUACAAACCGGGAAUCCGACGCCCCGCCACCCCCUCCGAUCCCAACUUCGGGCGAAAUCCAGGGUUCCUCAGACCUAAUCCCACCCAUCCUGUCCCACGCCUCGGGCAUCGUCCUCGACGUCGGUCCCGGUACAGGCACCCAAAUGCCUCUCCUCCGCUCGCCGGCUAUCCAAACCAUCUAUGGCGCGGAACCCUGCCACGGCCUACAUGCCGAACUCCGCGCCCGCGCCAUUUCAGAAGGUCUAAGCGAUAAAUAUUACAUCUUGCCUUGCGGCGUUGAGGCCUCUGAUCUUAUCCCAGCACUCCAAAAACAAGACCUUCUCAACACUAACACUACAAACCCUACUGCAGUUCUCAAGAAUCUGGAAAACACCGGAGACGGCGUAUUCGACACGAUUCUCUGCGUACGUGUCCUGUGCUCAGUCCCCGACAUGCAACAAACCAUUCAAAGCCUAUAUACCCUUCUACGACCCGGUGGGAAAUUGCUCGUUGUCGAACAUGUCGUGAACCCAUGGCGAACAAGAAAGGGGUCCAUCAUUGCGAGGGCAUUCCAAGCCUUUUAUGGCCUGUUGGGCUGGAGUUGGUAUAUGGGAAAUUGCUCUUUGAAUCGGGAUACGGCCACAGCGCUGAGAAUAGCGGCGGAGCGAGAUGGUGGCUGGGAGUCUUUUGAGUUGGAGAGGUGGUUUCAGAGUACAGCCAUGCCGUAUAUUGCGGGAGUUCUGGUGAAGAAGGGGAAUAAAUAGGAUUUAUCUUGGCGAUGAGAUCCGAGGGUAGUCGGAGCAGCGGUGAUCAUGUAUUUCAACUCUUACUUGACUUGACGACGGCCUUGUUCUGAU